AUGAUUAACGUGUCUAAUUCAAAACUCAUGCAAAUUGCCGCUAUUGGCGGGUUUAUCGUUGUAAGUACUGGCUUUUAUCUACAGAAUAAACUCAUAGAAAAAGUGCGGGAAAUGGACUAUUAUAAGGUCGCAAUGAAAAAACUAAGAUCUCACCCAGGUGCCGUUUACCACUUAGGGGAACCAAUAAAAGAUAAGCGCUUUAAAAUUACAGAUAACGAAAAUAAUUAUUGUGACCAAAAACUAGCUAGAUUUAAAGUGCCAGUAAGUGGGACAAAAGAUCGAGGAAGUUAUUUUUUCUGGGCUAUAAAUGAGGGUGACAGUUGGUCACUAACAAAAGCAGAAUUGGAAUUAAAAUCAAAACCAGAUGAAAGAUUAGUUAUUAUAAAAUAA